UAGGAGGAGCCAUGGGUACAAAUACAGUAUAUGAGGGACAGUCAGAACAUCACAGGACCACCCAACCAGCAGCAAAACAAUCUUCACCAGAGGAGACCCAGACAGCAAGAUGGUUCCAGUGUUGAUUUUCUUCAUGGCAGCUCUUGUAGCUGCAGAUGAGCCAAUGAUGGAGCUCUCAGGCCAAUUAGAGUCUGACAGUGCCUCUGUUUCUGUGGUAUACUGUGAUGCUUGUAAUACAUGUCCUAAUGGAAAAACAUGCUGUCGUUCUCCUCAUGGUAUUUGGUACUGCUGCCCAGUCCCAAUGGGUCAGUGCUGCAGAGAUGGACGUCAUUGCUGUCGUCAUGGUUAUCACUGCAGUCCGAGAUCCACCCAUUGUUUGAGGGGGUGGCUGAAAAUUCCAUCUUCUGCUGAGCUGGCCACCAAGGCUAUCCAGAAACCUCAGUCUGUCCCCAUUGACCAGGCUCCAGAAUGGAAGAGCCAGACUGAGUCAGUUCAUUGUAAUGGAAAUCUCUUCUGCUCUACUGAGCAGUUCUGUUGCAAGACAGCAGCCGGCCAGUGGGGUUGCUGCAAUGAGAUGGUGUUGUAAGUAAGCAACCCCCCUGAACUUGGGUGCAGGUCUUACUAAAGACUUACCAAGUGCAAGAGGCCUUUGUCACACUUUCACUCAGCUUCAUUUUCCCUUAGUUAGUUUGUUGUGUACUAUCAACCAUUUAUUAUCACCCCAUUUGGUCAUGUAUUUAAAUUAAACUGUUUCAUUUUGGUUGUCAGGUCUUCUCUCUACUUGCUACUAUUCUACGUUGCAUUUACCCUGUUUGGAUAAUUAAAAACUGCAUCAAUCAUGUGCGUUUAUUAUAACCAAGUGUGGCAGCUUUCAGAAGUCAAUUAUUGCUGAUAUAGAUUCAAGCUGAAUUAAAGCAAAAUAAAAAUUUUAAGCACUGCA